ACGUGGGACAUGCGAGGCAGGAGUCUUGAGGUGAUGAUGAUGAGUCGAGCGUGUGGAGUGCGAUGAGGACUUGCACCCAAGGGAACCCGAUUGACGUGGCCACAAACCCACCUUAUUAAAACGCUGCCCCGAAAGGGGAAUCACAGAACGGCGGCACCGAAAGGGCAAAAGAAAAUAGAAAUCAGACAAACACCCUCGAUUUACUCUCAUACGGUGGCGCGUACAUCAAAAACUGAUGGGUCAGUCCCACUCAUCCUCAUCCGCCGGAGCAUCUCCGGCGCCUCCGGCGAUCCCGAUGGGUCCGGUAGUUCCGACAUCUCUUCUAGCUCCGGCGAUGUCUUCGGCUCCGGGGAUGUAUCUCCGUGAAUCUAAUUCUAGCCUUCGAUCCACCGCCAGAUCGCCGCUGUACAUUUCUAUGCCGGAAACUGACGACUGUGUCGAGUCUUCGGAGGUUGAUGGGCCAGAUUAUACUUCGGAUCUUCCAGACGAUAUGUUGGGUUGCAUUUUUCAGUUUCUAACUACCGGUGACCGAAAACGGUGCUCUCUGGUGUGCCAGCGGUGGCUUCAGGUGGAGGGCCGGAGCCGUCACCGUUUAUCUCUCAACGCGCAAUCGGAAAUUAUUCCUCUGAUUCCUUGCAUCUUCUUCCGGUUCGACUCUGUCUCGAAACUUGCUCUGAAGUGCGAUCGCAGAUCAAUCAGCAUAAGCGACGACGCUUUGAUUCUUAUCUCGAACUUGUCCAAAAACCUAACUCGCCUCAAGCUUCGCGGUUGCCGUGAACUAACCGAUGUCGGAAUGGCCGCAUUGGCUAAGAACUGCAAGGGUUUAAAGAAGCUCUCGUGUGGUUCCUGCACUUUCGGCACCAAGGGCAUCAACGCAGUACUCGAUCACUGCUCAGCUCUAGAAGAACUCUCUGUCAAGAGGCUUCGCGGUAUGAAUGACCGUGGCGUCGCCGAGCCCAUAGGCCCUGGCGUCGCCGCUUCUUCGCUCAAAUCUCUGUGUCUCAAGGAGCUUUAUAAUGGACAGUGCUUCGAACGGCUUGUAGUCGCCUCGAAGAAGCUCAGAACACUGAAACUGUUUGGCUGCUUUGGCGAUUGGGAUAGAUUUCUUGAAACGGUAACAGAUGGGAACAGUAACCUUGUUGAAAUCCAUCUAGAGAGGCUUCAAGUCACUGAUAUGGGCCUUUCAGCGAUUUCAAAAUGUUUGAAUUUGGAGAUUUUGCACAUUCUCAGGACCCCGGAGUGUACAAAUUUGGGGCUCGUGUCUGUGGCUGGAAAUUGUAAGCUCUUGAGGAAGCUUCAUAUUGAUGGAUGGAGGACGAAUCGAAUUGGUGACGAGGGGUUGAUUGCUGUAGCUAAACAAUGCACUAACCUGCAAGAGCUUGUUUUGAUUGGUGUAAAUCCUACUUCAUCGAGUAUAACUGCAGUCGCGUCCAAUUGCCAAAAAUUGGAAAGAUUAGCUUUGUGUGGGAGUCAAACAAUUGGCGAUAAGGAAAUUUCAAGCAUUGCAGCAAAAUGCACGGCAUUGAGAAAGCUAUGUAUUAAGGGAUGCCCUAUUUCUGAUCAUGGGAUGGAAACUCUCGCUUGGGGUUGCCCUAAUCUGGUUAAGGUCAAGGUAAAGAAGUGUCCAGGAGUGACCUGCGAAGCUGUAGAUUCGUUGAGAGCAAGAAGGGAAGCAUUGAUAGUAAAUUUGGAUGCAGUUGCGGUUGAAACUUUGGAUGCAAGCACUAGUGAUGGUGGAGCCCAAGAAGAUGGACAGGAACCUCCCCCAAUGGUAAGCCAAGUAACUGUUGUUGAUGGUCCUUCGGGCAGUAAUGGUCUAUCAGCAUUGUUCAAGUCAAAAUUUGGCCAUUUUGCAGGCAGGAACUUAGUGGCAUGCGCAUUCGGAAGGUGGUCAAACAGUAGAGGUAGUUCUGCUGACGGCAAAUGAAUGAUCUAUACUAAGAGUUGAGAACUAAAUUCCAGUUUCGACUACAUUCUCUAUUGUGGUUUUAAUAGGAUAUAUAUUAUAUUUUUUUCAUGUUUUAUUACCUGUUUCUGGCUUUCUUUCUUUCUGGUUGACUUCCAAAUGGAAUUGCUGCAGAAAUGUAAACUGAAAAUUUUUAUGGUUUUUUCUUAAUGUCCUGCUCCUACAACAGUUUGUUCCUUUUUCCCAAUUUGGUGGUCUAUUUGGGACUGGUUUAGCAAGCAAUAUGUGAAAUAGAUUUGUAUGGUGUUUGGUUUA